AUGGUAAUAAAUUUUGUAAUUUUGAAAUUACUAUUAUGUAUUCGUUUUAUAAUUUAUUUGUGUCAUGUAGAAAUAUCUUAAUGGUUUAAACUUGUAAAUUAUAAUAGACAAAGAAAUCCUACCAAAAUGUUUUGAAAAUCAUAGCAAAUAUUUACUGAUCAAAUAAAUGUUGUGCUUUUAAUUUAGUAAAACUGGAUGAUAGUUGUAUAAAUAAACUAUAACAAUGACAUUGAAUGAAAUUUCUGAUCACGAACUUAAAAUGAGAUUAGCUAACUUUGGGGUUUUUAAUCCAAUUACAAAUUCAACUAGAAAUAUAUUAAUAAAAAAGCUAUUAAAUUUAGAAAAAACAUCUAAGUACAAACAAAUUCAAUCAACUUCAGUUGAAUAUAUGGAAAUUAUGUCUGAUGAGAAUCUUAGAAUCAGACUUUCCAAAUUUGGUAUUACAUGUCCAAUUACAGAUUCUACAAGAAGUGUAUUGAAAAAUAAACUGUAUAAUUUAGAAACAGAACUGCAAGAGAGAUAUACCAAUCAUGAAUAUGAAUUAAUGGAUACAUCAUCAAAUGAUAUGAAUGAAUAUGAAAUACAAAAUAGACUGUUGGAAGAUGGUAGUAAUUUACCCAAAAAAAGAAGACAUAACUAAUAUUUUAGGAAAGAAAUAAUUGUUUUUAAAAAAUAAUUUUCUUUAACUAUGUUAUUUACAUUUUUAUUUUAUUAAAAAUUGUUAUUAAAUAAACAAAUUUUUAUGUUAGUAUUGUAUUUGUAUUAAUGUUCAAUAUAUAAAACUUAUUUGUUAUUUUCUCUUUUAUUGUCUAAAAAGUUAAUAUCUUUUAUGAAUAUGUUACUGAUACAAAUAAAUGGUAAGACUUUAUAUUUAA